UGACGUAACAAAAUCGGAUGCUAUAUAUCCUCGAUAUCGAUGAAACAGGUCGCGCUUUCGUUUCUGCGCUAGUUUUGUAUUGGUUGGUCUAACUCGCAGACAGCCCAAAACGUUGCCAGCCGGCAUCGGGAUAACUGGAGAACGGGAUUGUGACAGCGUGGGGUAAAAGAAGGCCGCAUCAUGGGAGACCGCUACAACAUCCACAGUCAGCUGGAGCAUCUGCAGUCCAAGUACAUCGGCACCGGCCACGCUGACACCACUAUGUACGAGUGGCUGACGAACCAGCACCGUGACUCAUUCGCCUCCUACAUGGGCCACUUCGACAUGCUCAAUUACUUCGCGCUCACGGAGAACGAGGCGAAGGCGCGCAUCCGCUUCAACUUGAUGGAGCGCAUGCUGCAGCCCUGCGGGCAACCGCCUGAGAAGCCAGAGGAGUGACCGGCCGGAGGCGGAGGAACAGUUUGGGGUGCUGUUGUGGCGGGGGUAGAUGUCUGGUCAUGUUUCAUCAUGGCUGGUGGUCUGUCGUAAACUAUGUUCAUGUAAAGUGGUCGCCAUCGUCGUACAUUUUUGCAGUCGUGCCAUUCUCAUAGAGGAAGGGGCAGCAAGAGACGUUCGCCGCUAUAGAUGUGUUCCCGGGACCCAAUACACAACGUCCGACAUUUA